AUGGAUGAAGAGAAACACAAGCUAACAGCAGAAGAGAUCAAAGUAGAAGAAAUAUAUGAGAAAACUACCACUAGAGACGAAGACGGACGUUACAUAGUAGAUCUGCCAAUGAAACACGAGCCACCAGUUCUUCCAUCUAACAGCCGAGAGAUUGCACUGAAGCGCUGGAAGUCUACAGAGAACAGACUUAAAAGUAAACCUCACCUAUUAGAAGAAUACAACAAAGUUCUAGAAGAGUACAUGACGCUAAACCACAUGAAGAAAAUAGAAACCAAAGAUGAAGAAGAAAAUGGCGUGUGGCUCCCCCAUCACGCUGUGAUUAAAUUGGAGCGAGAAACGAGCAAAUUAAGGGUAGUCUAUGAUGCUUCAUGCAAGGGAAGCAACGGGGUAUCCUUGAAUGACGAGUUAUUAAUCGGACCCCCAUUGUUAGAAGAUCUACGAGUCAUUCUCAUUAGAUGGAGAACAUACAAGAUAGCAUUUGUUGCCGACGUGGAGAAGAUGUAUAGACAGAUACGAGUAAAAGAUGAACACACAAAUUACCAGAGAAUUGUAUGGAGACCAGAUCCAAAGGGACCCAUUGAAGACUUCAAACUCUUAACUGUUACAUUCGGAACAUCCUGUGCGCCUUAUCUGGCAAUAAAAACUUUAAGGCAAACAGCAAAGGAUGAAGGAUCGGACUACCCAGAAGCUCAGAAGAUGAUACUACGAGAUUUCUAUAUGGAUGAUUUGCUCUCAGGUACAGACGAAGAAAAAGAGGCUAUAGAAAUUCAAAAACAAGUUACACAGAUUUUAAUUUCUGGAGGAUUCACACUAAAGAAGUGGUGUUCGAAUAGCGAAGAGUUUAUGACAGCAUUAGACAAGCAAGAAAAGAGAGAAGAAACGCAGACAGUCGAAAUAAAACGCAAAGAGAGCGUGAAAACAUUAGGUAUAAUAUGGGAAGUUAAGGAAGAUAAGUUGUUCAUACCUAAUCAUAUCAAAGAUUCCCAUGACACACCUAUGACUAAAAGAAGCGUUUUAUCUGAGAUAGCAUCAAUAUUCGACCCAAUGGGAUGGAUCGCUCCAAGUGUCAUACUAGCAAAGAUAUUUAUGCAAGUUUUGUGGAAAAAAGGCAUUUCGUGGGAUGAAGAACUUCCGGCAGAACUACAAAAAGAGUGGUCACAGUAUAAGAGAGAACUGCCAGCUUUGAAAGGUGUCAGCUUAGAUCGAUGGAUGCACACUACGAGUAAAUCAACUCUUGAACUGCAUGGAUAUGCAGACGCUUCAGCAUUAGCUUAUGCGGCAGUUAUAUACUCGAGAGUUAUAGACGAAGAAGGAGAAAUUAAAGUAUUCCUCGUGACAGCAAAAACAAAAAUCUCGCCGAUUAGAAAAGUUUCCUUACCCCGUUUGGAAUUACUGGCUGCUACAUUAUUGAGUAAACUUUUGAAACAAGUAGCUGAGUCACUACAUGUGCAUCUUGACAACGUAUACGCUUAUUCAGAUAGUCAAGUGACUUUGGCUUGGAUACACGGAGAUCCAAUGAAAUGGAAGCCUUUUGUAAAGAAUAGAGUCAUAGAAAUCACGCAGAUACUCGAUGCUAAUCACUGGUUCUAUGUAAACACUAAGCAAAAUCCUGCUGAUCCUGCUUCAAGAGGAGUUAUGCCUUCCAAACUAAUGUCCACAGAGAUAUGGUGGAACGGAUCUGCAAUGCUGAAAGAGAAAGAAAUAAGAUUAGAAAAAGGAACUCCACUAGAUACAGCAAUAGAAAAUAGAAAGAAUAUAGUGUCUCUGUAA